ACUUUUGGUUCUUUAAUAUGAACUGUCAGAUUAAUAAACAUAAUUGUAUGAUUAUUAAAACAUAAUUUAUGAAAUAACAACAAAAUACGGUCUUAUUUUAUUAGCGUUUAAUAACGUUCAAUUAUAGCUUUUUAUUAUUAGUAGUACAUCAAAAUGAGAAAUAUUGCCUCGAAACUGGCUGAAGUAAAAUAAGUUCCAUCACAAUGUAGUGUACUGUAAUAAUACUUUAAUAAUGCCACAAGAACGAAAAGGUGUUAUUCGUGGUAUCAUAUUAACGGCGGAUAUGAAGUUUAGAUAGAAGUAAUAAUAUGUUAAUAAUAAAAUACUGAUUAAUUUUAAUCGCUCAAAUGCCGCAUGUGACCAUAGCAUGUGACGCUGCAGACUGACGCAAGACCCGCGCUGACGCCUCUGGGCCACCGUACGCCGCGAGGGGCGUGGUCUCCUCCCUGACCUUCUGAAGGACGAGCGCGUCAGCCAAUCAGCGCGGCGCUGCAGCACGAGAGGGGCAGUGCGCUUGCGUAGAGCGCGGCGUGACACUCGUGCAGUGGAAGUGUGUGACCGGUGAUCCCGGUUCAUCAGUGUGUGUCUGUCCGUGGAUCAUGUCGUGGCUCUUCGGGCUCGGUCGAGGUCAGAGCGGCACUCCGCCAGACGCUCCGGUUCCGCCCGCUCCUCCUCCUCCUCCCGCGGCCGGCGGCUCCGGUUCCGGUUCGGGCGACAGACCCAAGGACAAAUGGAGCAACUUCGACCCGACGGGGCUGGAGCGCGCGGCGCAGGCGGCCAAAGAGCUGGACCGAUCGCGUCACGCCAAAGACGCACUGGACCUGGCGCGCAUGCAGGAGCAGACCGUGCAGCUGGAGCACCAGGGCAGAAUCAAGGAGUAUGAGGCAGCGCUGGAGCAGCUGAAGGGUGAUCAGAUCCGUAUCCAGGCAGAGGAGCGCAGGAAGACUCUGAACGAGGAGACCAGACAGCAUCAGGCGAGGGCACAGUAUCAAGACAAGCUCUCACGACAGCGCUAUGAGGAGCAGCUCCGGCAGCAGCAACUGAUGAACGAGGACAACAUGCGCAAACAGGAAGAGUCUGUGCAGAAGCAGGAAGCCAUGAGGAGAGCGACCGUCGAGCACGAGAUGGAGCUGCGGCACAAGAACGAGAUGCUGCGUGUGGAGGCGGAGUCUAAAGCUCGCGCGCGGGUGGAGCGAGAGAACGCUGACAUCAUCCGCGAACAGAUCCGACUGAAGGCGGCCGAGCACCGACAGACCGUCCUCGAGUCCAUACGGACGGCGGGCGCCGUGUUCGGUGAAGGCUUCCGUGCGUUCGUAUCGGACUGGGAUAAAGUGACGGCGACGGUGGCGGGGCUCACGCUGCUGGCGGUCGGUGUUUAUUCCGCUCGUAACGCGACCGCUGUGGCCGGACGAUACAUCGAGGCACGGCUAGGAAAGCCUUCGCUAGUGCGAGAAACCUCACGAUUCACUGUGGUGGAAGCCCUCAAACACCCCGUCAAGAUGGCGAAGCGUUUGAAGAGCAAACCGCAGGACGCGCUGGAGGGAGUCGUGCUCAGCCCGACGCUGGAGGAGCGUGUGCGCGACAUCGCCAUAGCGACGAGGAACACGCGACAGAACCGCGGGCUGUACCGGAACAUCCUGAUGUACGGGCCGCCGGGGACCGGGAAGACGCUCUUCGCUAAGAAGCUGGCGAUGCAUUCUGGGAUGGAUUACGCCAUCAUGACGGGAGGAGACGUGGCCCCGAUGGGUCGAGACGGAGUGACCGCGAUGCACAAGGUGUUCGACUGGGCAGGAACCAGCGGCCGCGGGCUGCUGCUGUUUGUGGAUGAAGCCGAUGCAUUCCUGCGCAAGAGAUCCUCUGAGCGGAUUAGUGAGGAUCUACGCGCGACUCUGAAUGCAUUCCUGUACCGCACCGGAGAACAGAGCAACAAGUUCAUGCUGGUUCUGGCCAGUAAUCAGCCGGAGCAGUUUGAUUGGGCCAUAAACGACCGAAUCGAUGAGAUCGUGAACUUCAUGCUGCCGGGACUCGAGGAGAGAGAGAGACUCGUACGACUCUACUUCGACAAAUACGUGCUGCAGCCGGCCACCGGAGGACGCCAGAGGAUGAAGCUGGCUCAGUUUGAUUACGGACUGAAGUGUUCAGAGAUCGCGAAGCGUGUGGAGGGAAUGUCCGGGCGAGAGAUCUCCAAACUGGCAGUGGCCUGGCAGGCGGCGGCGUACUCCUCUGAGGAUGGUGUACUGACCGAGGCUAUGAUGGAUGCACGGGUGGAUGAAGCUGUGAGACAGCACCAGCAGAAGAUGGACUGGCUCCAUGGAGAAGGGGUUCUGGAUAACGAGGGCCGGACGAUUCCCGCCAAAGCCUCUGCGCCGCCGCUCAAGGCACAGGAAGUGCUCCGCCCUCUACAGGAAGUGCCAUCAGAGCGGAGCAAGCCUGACGGGACUCCAGUUUAACGCUCGUGUAGUCUCUUCAUGUGUCAUUAAAGCUGCUGUUCGUCUGUCUGUAUACAUGUUUACUGAUCACCAGUCUGUGGUCCUCUGCUCCACCCUGGUGGGCUUCUGUCUCCUCUGCUCAUCUAUGGUGGUCUUCUGCUCCACCCUGGUGGGCUUCUGUCCCGUCUUCUCGGCUGUGGUGGUCCUCUGCUCCGCCCUGGUGGGCUUCUGUCCCGUCUUCUUGACUGUGGUGGUCCUCUGCUCCGCCCUGGUGGGCUCCAGCUACACCUGCUCCGCUCCACCCUGGCGGGCGCUUGUUCCCGAGUUAAACCCUAUUCCUGAGUUAAACCCAUGGUUAGGCCCAAGAAGGAUGCUCCAGGAAGGGCUUCUGAUCUCCAAGUUAGGCCCAGGAAGGAUGCUGUUUCCCAUGUCAGGUCCAGGAAGGGCUCCUGAUCUCCAUGUUAGGCCCAGGAAGGGCUCCAGUUCCGCUUUCUCUGCCCCGGUCCCUUGCCACUGCACUUCCACAUGCACCUCCGUCCCUCCCCCUGUUCUGCCUCCGCUCCACUGCCCUCCUAGAUUGUUUUGAUCGUCUGGAAGGCGCUCCAUUGGGGGGGGGGGGGGGGGGUGGCUAUGUCACGAUCAUUAGUUGGAGUGCCCAUGAUUAGGGCUGUGACGGUGGCUGAUUUUUUACUACCGUGGUAGUCAUGGACCAGCAAUUUAUAUAUAUAUAUUAGUGUCAAAAUCUGGUUGUUAACGAAGGCGAUAAUUUUUUUUCCAGUUUAACGUAUUUAAAUUAUUUUACGUAGGGGCGGGGAUGGCCACCCACUCACAACUGCUGCUUCUGUCACUUUUUCUUAAGACAAGAAGUGAAUUUAUUCUGUCGCAGAAUGACUGAACAGGAGAAGUUUUAGACACGCGCUCCACUUCACUUUAGCAUCAGGUGCAAGUUAAGCAGGCGCGGACGGUCCUGUGCUCAAAGUCCCCGGUGCGUGCUUCCUUUGUGCGUAUCCUUUCAUAUCAAACUGCGAAAUAAACUAUGUGCAAGCAG